AUGAAAUAUUUAUUAGAUGGACAUAUGUGGACAAAGUAUAUUCAUCAUUUAGAUUAUUCAUCGGAAUAUGGUACAGUUAAAUUACAUAAUAUACUUAUUGGUGAAAUAUGUCUUAUACAUCAUCAUAUUUUUAUCAUUCCAUUACAACAUAAUAUAAUGAUAACACAAAAUAAUCGUUUGAUCAUACAUACUAAUGAAAUUGAAAUAAAUAUUAUUGUUAAUCAACAAGAAAACUAUUUAAAUAAUCGUCAUAUUUAUUUUAUUGUUGAUAGUCAUAAACAAAAUGACUAUUCGAAUAUUUUAGUUCGAUCAAUUGAAUCAACUAAUAAAUGUGUUCUUUGUUAA